AGGGAGCGGCAGGCGGGCCCGCCGGGGCGAGGCGGAGGGCGAAGGCAGGAAGAGGAGAGAGGUGAUCGCCGUUGGGGCAGAGCGGGAGAGACCAUGUCCGGGCGGCCCAGGACCACCUCCUUCGCGGAGAGCUGCAAGCCGGUGCAGCAGCCCUCGGCCUUCGGCAGCAUGAAAGUCAGCCGAGACAAAGAUGGCAGCAAGGUGACUACAGUAGUGGCAACUCCUGGACAAGGUCCAGACCGACCACAAGAAGUCAGCUACACAGACACCAAGGUGAUUGGAAAUGGAUCUUUUGGUGUUGUGUAUCAAGCCAAACUCUGUGAUUCAGGAGAGCUUGUGGCCAUUAAGAAAGUCCUGCAGGAUAAAAGAUUUAAGAACAGAGAGCUCCAGAUUAUGAGAAAGUUGGAUCAUUGUAACAUUGUCCGAUUGCGUUAUUUCUUCUACUCUAGUGGAGAGAAGAAAGACGAGGUGUACCUCAACUUGGUGCUGGACUAUGUUCCUGAAACAGUAUACAGAGUUGCCAGACAUUAUAGUCGGGCCAAACAGACACUCCCUAUGAUUUAUGUCAAGUUGUACAUGUAUCAGCUGUUCCGGAGUUUAGCCUAUAUCCAUUCCUUUGGGAUCUGCCACCGGGAUAUAAAACCACAGAACCUCUUGCUGGACCCUGAUACAGCUGUUCUAAAACUCUGUGACUUUGGAAGUGCAAAACAGCUGGUUCGUGGAGAACCCAAUGUGUCGUACAUCUGCUCUCGGUACUACAGGGCACCAGAGUUGAUCUUUGGAGCCACCGAUUAUACCUCCAGUAUAGAUGUGUGGUCAGCAGGCUGUGUAUUGGCUGAACUGUUACUAGGACAACCGAUCUUUCCAGGUGACAGUGGUGUGGAUCAGUUGGUGGAAAUAAUCAAGGUUCUGGGAACGCCUACAAGGGAGCAAAUUAGAGAAAUGAAUCCAAACUAUACUGAAUUCAAAUUUCCUCAGAUUAAGGCACAUCCAUGGACUAAGGACUCGUCAGGAACAGGACAUUUCACCUCAGGAGUACGGGUCUUCCGGCCCCGCACUCCCCCCGAAGCAAUUGCGCUAUGUAGCCGCCUGCUGGAGUACACCCCCACGGCCCGCCUGACUCCCCUGGAGGCCUGUGCGCACUCUUUCUUCGAUGAACUACGGGACCCAAACGUCAAGUUACCAAACGGGCGAGAUAAACCUGCACUCUUCAAUUUCACCACUCAAGAACUGUCAAGUAACCCAUCUCUGGCUUCGAUCCUCAUCCCUGCUCAUGCCCGGAACCAAGCAGCUGCUUCAACCCCUACAAAUGCUACAGCAGCCUCAGAUGUUAACGCAGGAGAACGAGUUCAGACCAAUAGUGUAGCUACAGCAUCAGCCUCCAACUCCACCUGAACCAGUACCAAGCAGCCAGCUGCACAGGAAAAAUCACCAGUAAUUUGAGUCUUGCUCAGCAACACUGGUCACAUUUGGAAAGAAAAUUAGAAAGAGGAAAAAAAAAUCCAACAAAACAACAAACCAACCAA